UGAUGUCGCUGACAUUAGCACUGGAUUUGUUUGUAAGAACUCGGAACAGACAAGCGGCCAAUGUCAGGACUAUGCUAUUCGUUUUCAAUGCCCAGACAGUUUCUGCACUGACACAAGUUCAAAUUGCUGGACACGUUGGUUUGAUCGAGAUGACCCCUCUGGAAAUGGAGACUCAGAGAUGCUUGCAGACCUUCGCAGAGAACACCCUGGUCAAAUCUGUGACAGUCCACUUCAUAUUCAAGUCAAUACAACGUCUGGGGACAGUAUGGAGUCAACAGGGGACAAAAUUGAUGUAGUGGAUACCAUCAAUGGGUUUACGUGUGAAAAUGCAGCUCAGGAAAGUGGCAUCUGUAAAGAUUACAUCGUUCGUUUUCAGUGCCCUGACAGUUUCUGUAUUGACACAGGAUCAACAUGCUGGACACCAUGGUUUAAUAGAGAUGAUCCUUCAGGAACUGGAGACUGGGAGACCCUUGAAGAACUACGUGAAGAAAACCCUGGAUUGAUAUGCGACAGACCACUUGAUAUUGACGUCCAAACUGCAUCUGGGGAUGUUCUGUCAUCAACUGGGGACGUGAUUACCUUAGUGGACACCAGCACUGGAUUCAUUUGCAAGAACUCAGACCAAACAUGUGGCAAGUGUGAGGAUUAUCGUGUUCGUUUCCAGUGCCCUGACAAGUUUUGUUCAACAAGUCCAAAGUGCUGGACACCCUGGUUUGACCGAGAUAACCCCUCUGGAACUGGAGAUUGGGAGACCCUCAAGGACUUAUACUGUGAAAACCCUGGAAAGAUCUGCAGUAGUCCACUCCAAAUUGAUGUUCAAACCACAUUUGGAGGAAGUGUAGAUUCAACAGGGGAUGUUAUUGCUGUAGCUGACACAGCAUCUGGAUUUAUCUGUAAGAACUCAGAUCAGAAGUGUGGCAAGUGCAAAGAUUAUCGCGUUCGUUUCGAGUGCUCUGGCAACUUCUGCACCGAAAGAGUAUGCUGGACAAACUGGUUUGAUCGAGAUGACUCGAGUGGAACUGGCGACUGGGAGUUAUUGGAAGACCUGCAGACAGAUUAUCCAAAAAAGAUCUGUGAAACACCUCUCUUCAUAGACGUUAUGACAACUGACACAAACACCCGAUUCUGUGCUACUGGCCAAAUAUCCUACGUAUUCAGUCCAACUCUGGGUUUUGUAUGUCGGAACGAUGACCAGAUCGGAGAUCGGUGCCAUGACUACAAAGUUCGAUUUGGAUGUGCCUGUGACUGCAAUGGUACCAUUUUAUAAAAAUCCACAAUGACCUUGAAAACUCAUAUUCUUAUUUUCAUUCAUUUCAUUCAUUAAAAUAAAUCAAUUCACAAACACAACUAGGAAAAUCCACAAACAUUUUAAAAUGCAAAAUCUAGAUCAACAUAAAAAAUUUAAUAAAUGUGAUGUCAAAUAUUGAAACCUUUUUACCUGAAGUCCCAACUAAGGUUUAUUUUA